UUUGAUUGGCUGUUAGAUUGAACUACAUAUACCUCACAGCCAAUCACAGUGCAGCUAGUGAACGCCCGUUACAGAAUUUCAAGUUUCACUAAAAACCAAUAUGUGAAAAUGUUAAUUUUCACGACUGCAAUAACUCUAAAUUAACCUUCCUUUUUCAUUCAUUUAUUUCAAGGUACUGCAAGUAAAUUAGUUUUAUAGAGGCAGGAAGGCGUUUCUCACAAAAUACCAGGUGGUGGCAGUGUUUUUGUUUACCGCACCGAAAUUAAACUAGUUGAAGAAGCCAUCCUCCGUCGUGCUCUAUUCAAAUUCUUGAGCGGGCUGCAGUUUCGGGCCUUUCUUUGCUUGAUUAACUACAAUGGAGUACGACGAGGGCAUCUUACGUGAACGUAUGGACGAUGUAACGUUGAGCACAGCGGCGGAACACAGGCACAUGAUGACUCUCCACUGUCAGCAGUGCCACACCGUUCUGGCGGACUCACACGGCGUUUGUGGGGAAAUAAACAGCAUGGGCUGUAUAAUGUGCAUAAGCGUAACCAAUGACGUUGUUGUGAGUGUCGUGAUGGUGUCGGGACGCAAAAGGGAGCUGGUGGAUUGCAUCUUCAGUGCUCUGCAAUGCAACUCCUGCCACUCUGUUGUGGGGAAAGUUAUCCAUUCAGCCCCGUCCCGUUUGGCUUCCAUUCGCUCCAUCUUCCUUCUGCACAAAGCCAACAUCAACUGCUACAUCCUCGACAGCAGCUCAAUGGUGAAAGCAUCCACGCUCACAUUUGAUCUGAAGCCCCUCACGGACAGCAUCACUAAGAUGAGACAUAAGUUCGAUGCCCAGUUGGAUCACAUGUUGUACAUUAAGAGCAGGCUAGCCGACAUGAGUCUUACAUCUACAUUCACUCUGUCCUCCUUUUGUCUGCAGCAGUUUGCAUAA